GCACCAAGUAACCAUGGAUCCAUUGCAUUCGACGAAAAAUCAUCUUUUCUUGAGGCUGACAUCCUACCAGACAAGCCACAGAAUAAGAUGGCAGUGAGGGAUAACCAUAGACUCUGGCCUGGGGGUCAACUACUCUAUCGUCUGGAUUUCGACACUACAAGCAACACUUACGUGAAAGACGUGGUGGAGUCAGCGAUGAAGCAGAUCAAUGCCGUGGGUUGCGUCGCCAUUGAGGUCGCCUCCGCAUCGGCAACUGAUUAUAUUUCGGUGCAGCUGGGCAACGACUACUCCUCCUACAUGGGCCGCCAGGGUGGCCCGCAGAACAUGACGGUGGUGGCGAAGACCAUUAACAGGGGCACCGUGAUGCAUGAGCUCAUGCAUUCCCUAGGUUUGGGACACGAGCACAACAGACCUGACCGAGAUGAGUAUGUGACUGUGGACUUUGAUAACAUACAGGAUGCAGCAAAACCAUACUUCACCAAAUACACGCCAAAUGACCCACUUGAAGAGGACCAUCUGGAGUACGACUACACGAGUUUGAUGCACGCUACUAAUGUUUACGAUGAAGAGAUCAAUAUUGACAUCAUGAAGCCUGUCAUAUGGAGGAAUGACGGGGGCAUAGAACUUGGUCAGAGGUCAUACUUGACAGAGCUUGACCAACAGCGACUGAAGAUGAUCUACAGUUGUGACGUCUGCAAAUCCAACCAGGCAGGCAGCUUGCUGUUCAGGUACCCAGGAGAUUGCUCUAGAUUCAUCCAGUGCUCCAAUGCACAAGCUUACAUCAUGGACUGCCCUCAAGGACUCCACUUCAAUAACAAAAAACAGAUCUGUGACUACCCAGACCAAGCCGAAUGCACCACCCAAAGCGCAUGACCUUCUACAUCCCACCUCCAUUUUACACCCCGGGAAAGAAAAUGGAGCACAACAUGGAGAGAUGAGAAGCAAGAUGGAAAAAGAUAAAAAGUUGAAGAUAUCCUAAUAACUAUUUAGAAUAAGAAGUAUACUUUUAAAAGUACCAGUCUAAGCUUGCUCGUCAACAUGCCUUGUCAGAUUAUGAUCACCUAUAUAUUGCAGAUCCAGUUCAUGGAGGGUAAAUCUAAAUAACAGGAAUGGUAUAAAGUGUUUUUUGGUAAGUAUAUAAGCAUCAUGAAUAAUGCCGUUUCAUUUUCCUUGACUUGAACGGUGUACGAGGGUUAUGUGAAUAAGAAAAGGUAGGUAGAAGGAAGGAGAGGGAAUAGGGAAAGAAGGAAGAGAAGCGAGUGUUUUAUACAAAUACAAAGAACUACACUUUGGACGAUUCAGAGCAUAUUCCUCAUACUCAUCCCCCUCCCUGACCUCAAUGAUCAGAUGCCUUAUGAACCUAAUAGAGUGCCUGCUGUUGUCCCUAAAAAGUGUGCUUCUGUGCUGACACCCUGCCUGGCCAAACUCUUUCGUUUUUGCCUUUCAACAUCUACCUUUCCUUCCUGCUGGAAGUAUGCCUACAUACAGCCUGUGCCUAAGAAGGGUGACCGCUCCAAUCCAUUAAACUACUGUCCUCUAGCUUUACUUUCUUGUCUUUCUAAAGCUUUUGAAUGAAUCCUUAACCAGAAGAUUCAUAAGCAUUCAUAAGUAGGAAGACACCUACCAAAACGGGCGUAAGCCACUCCCGGUGAGGUAUAUACGGGAAGCGAAGAGGAUGCUGCAAGCCCACCAAAGACCCUUCCCGUGUCCUCACUUUCCGUUUCCCUAUUGCCUCAUCAACACCAGAGAGUAGUUCAGUAUGAUCUCAAAAGACAAAUCCUCUUAUUUUCCCCACCACACUACAUACACACACACACACACACACCAUUUCUCCAAAAAAAAAAUCAAAAUUCAAAAUGGCUAAUACCAAUACUCGGAGGCCCCGUCCUGAAGGGGGGACCACAAAUGCCCUCAGAGCUGACUCCAGUUUUGGCUAUCGACCCAAGAGGUGUCUUCAUAGCUCCUCAAACUAUUUCUUUAUUAACUUCUGCAACAUUAGCGGUCUUCAUUCCAAUUUUCCUUCUGUGGAACACCACCUCUCCUCCUCUAAACCUCACCUUCUCUUCCUCACCGAAACUCAGGUCUCGGAGGCUACUGACAGUCAUCUCUACUCUGUUACAUCCUAUUAUCUCUAUCCUAAAUUUCAAUCCAAAGCUGGAUGUUGAGUCUACGUACGCAACAUCACUUACUCUCGUGUCCAUGCCCUUGACUUUUCUGAAUUUUCCACCAUCUGGCUAAGACUUAACUGUCACUCUAUCACUAAAUACGUCUUUACUGUUUAACUCUCACCUACCUCUACCAACUAUGUAAAAUUCUUUGACUUUAUGAACUCUAAAGUGGAGCACAUCUUGACUCACUCUCCCUUCGCUGAAAUCUCCGUCUUAGGAAAUUUCAAUGCUUACCACCAGCUUUGGCUUUCAUCUUCUUUUACUGGCCAGCCUGGUGAACAAGACUACAACUUUGCUCUCCUCAAUGAUUUAGAGUAGUUGGUUCACUACCCUACCUGUAUUCCCGACCACCUUGGAGACACGCCCAAUAUUCUUGACCUUUUCCUAACCUUUAACCCUUCGCCUUACUCUGUCAAACUGUUCUCUCCUUUGGGCUCCUCCGAUCACAACCUUAUUUAAGUAUUCUGUUCUAUCGCUCCUGUACAUCCUCAGGACCCACCGAAGAGGUGGUGCUUUUUGGCAUUUCGCUUCAGCUCGGUGGGAUGACCUGAGGAUGUUCUUUUUCCGAUUUCUCGUGGAAUGAUUAAUAUAUCCAGGAAAGAGACCUCUAUGUAUGUGCCCAGCGCAUCGAGGUGUUUGACUCUGGAAUAGAACACAUACAACGUACUUUCUCUAUCCCUCAUACUAAGAAGCCUUAGUUUAAUCACGCUUGUUCUCGUGUUAAUCAUGAUCUUUACAUUUCUGCCCGGAAUCGUGCCAAAUAUAUUCUCCGACUAAGCGAAAACUCUUUCAUUAAUAGAGUGCCACAACUUUGCUUGCUCAAAUUCUUCCAGAAACUUCUGGCACCUAGCCAAAAAUGUCUCCUCCAUCUUUCUCUCCUCUCCUUAAUCCUGAUGGCAGGACCGCCGUCACAUCUGUCUCUAAGGCUGAACUCUUCUCUCAGACUUUCUCUAAAUACUCCACUCUGGACGAUUCUGGGCAUAUUCCUCCUACUCUUCCCCCCUCCGACUCCUUUAUGCCUGUUAUUAAGAUUCCUAAGAAUGUUUUCUAUGCCCUCUCUAGCCUCAAUCCUCAGAAGAUUUGUGGACCUGAUGGAGUGCCUCCUAUGACUUUGGUCAUUCUCUCCUAGCCGUUCCGGUGAAACAUUUUACUGUUACUUUAGACAUCUCGAAAGCUUUCGACAGAGUCUAGCACAAAUCUUUGAUUUCAAAACUACCCUCCUACGGAUUUUAUCCCUCUCUCCUUUAUCUCCAGUUACCUUUCUGGCCGAUCUAUCUCUGGUGUGGUAGACGGUUACUUCUUCCCCUAAACCUAUCAACAAUGAUGUCCCGCAGGGCUUCCAAUCCCUCUGUUGUUUAAUGAUAAUCUUCUCUCCAAAACAAACUGUCCUAUGCAUUCUUACGCCAAUGACUCUACUUUGAAUUACUCACCAUCUUUUGAUAGCAGGCCUUUCCAACAGGAACUAUAUGAUUCCAAGCUAGAGGCUGGAGAACGCUUAACCUCAGAGCUUACUGUCAUUUCCGAUUGGGGCAAGAAGAACUUGGUGUCCUUUAAAGCCUCAAAAACUCAAUUUCUCCACCUGUCAACUUGACACAAUCUUCCAAACACCUUUCCCCUGUUCUUCGAUAACACUCAGCUGUCAACUUCUAACAAUAAACAUCCUCGGUCUAUCAUUAAGGGAGCGUCACUUACUUUAAUUUUGUUUGAGGACAUCAAAAUUUAAUCCAUUCUUCGGUUUAUUUAUGCAUCAAUUCUUUUGUAAUGAAGUAUCAUUCCAUCAUUCCUGUACUGCCUGAGUAAAACACGUAAAUCCCUUUAAUAAUAACACAAAAGUACGCAAAAAUUAAAACAUCACUUUACCUAAGGAUACCACUGAGCCAUUCUUUGAGAAAGGUUUGCUCUUUGUCCCUUAGUGUAGAACAUUUAUUGUGGAUUCCUUUUUACUUACUAGUCUGCAUCUCUCCGUAUAAUAUUUUACUUGCAAGUAACCUAAAAUAACUGUGAAUUUGAGGGGAAAGGAACAAUGAAAUAUGUGUGAAACUAAUUAUAUUCAUUUCACUCCACAUAAAAAAAAGAAAAAGGUUUCCUCUUUGUGACAAAAAAAAAAAAAGAUCACUCAAAUCGGUUGAGGCAUAACAGAGUUAUGUUCUUCUAAUUGCCAAAAAAAAAAAAAAACCAGUUUUGAGAUAUACGGCAUUUAAAGUUUGAGGCGUAGCUGAGCGUACCGUUUAAAUCGUGUAUUGGGGAUGCCUACGGUCGCAAUAUUUUUAUUUAUUUUGCUAAUAAAAAACACUUUAGAAACCAGGUUUUACCACGAAACUUUGAGAGACUGUUACCAUCAUCACAAUCAUAUUUUAGAAACACAUAACUAAUUUUCGUCAAAUCUCAAAAAUUAUCGUACAUUUCAGUACGACGCUCCCUUAACUCAAAAUCUCAACUGGAAACUUCAUAUCUCAUCCCUCACUAAAUCACCCUCCUCUAGGUUGGGCGUUCUUUACCGUCUCCGCCAGUUCUUUCCCCCUCCCAAAUACUGUCUAUAUACAGAGACCUUGUCUGCCCUCGUAUGGAGUAUGCAUCUCAUAUGUGGGUGGGU